GACCACAGGCACGAGCUGCCGCACUGGCAAGAUUAUUUUUUAAAGGAAGGAGAAAAACAAACCCUUUCAGUAAUUAAUAGUCAUAUAAUUCAAAUGCCCCAAUACAGAGAGCUGAUGUAAUCAUUCCCCCAGGAGCCCCUACUUCCCUUGCUUCUCUGUGACAUCACUACUUCAUCCAGCUCUGCCUACUCUGUUUCUGUCCCUGUGGCUGAUCACAGCCUGGAGAAAGUAGACACCCAAACUGACUUGUCUCAUUUCGGUUUUCUCCUCCUUGCAUUUUGACAUUUCUCUGUUCCACACCUUUCCUCUUGAUCCCUUCAGCAGCCUAACUCCUCCUCUUUUAUCUUUUCUUUCAAAGACCUUUGUUCUUCCAUUGAGCCCCUGGGAGCAAAGGAAGAAUUCUCCUCCCACAGCCCCACGCCCUCCCCACCCCACUCCCAUCUCAGGGCCUGUGAUCUCUACUCUGUAGUGACUGGGAAUGGUCUGUCCCUGCUCCUGGCUGUUGCUGGCCCUGCGAUUGUGCACCACUUGCCAGCCCCACUCGCAGUCUCAGGAUGGCGUGGCAUCUUCCCUUUACAGCGCCAUCAAUUUUUCUUCAAUUGAAUUAUUUUGGUCAGUGUACCCAGAUGGUGGUAUUGUCCAUUAACACACACACACACCCAACAGAGUGAGGCUUUUUUCUCCUCCAUUCUUCCAUCUUUAAAACAAAAAUUGUCCAUGAAAUACGUAUGUAUCUUUAGUAAGCACCCUUCUUCUAUGUUCCAUUUAAAAGCUAAAAACUUGGUACUCUGUCUUCAAUUCUUGCCUUCAAUUCUCUCUUGACCCCAUCCAGUCAAGCUUUCACAUCCACUGUUCCGCUGAUAUUUUCUUUUUCAGAGUCACCAGUGAUCUCCCCAUUUCUAAAUCCAAUAUUUAAUUUCCUGUCCUCAUCUUUCUUUUCCUGUCAGCAGCAUGUUGCACGGCUGAUCUCUCUCUCUCCUUUUAUCUUGCCUUGAGGACAUCCCACUAACCUUUAAAAAUCUAUUUAAUUUUGUUGUCACCUCCCUGAUGACUUUGAGCUUUCUUCUGCUGGUGUCUCCUGAACUCGCUGUUGUCUGAAUGUGGGAGCGACCCGCAGUUGGAUCCGUGAACCUCUUGUCAAUCUGUGUGCACACCCACUGCCUUUCCUUUUCAUCUCAUCUCAUGAUUUCAACCCCACUACAUGUCUCCAUUUCCCUUACUGACCUCUCCCCAGAACUCUAGAAUCCUCUGGCCAGUUGUCUUUGUGACAUCUCUGCUGGGAAGUCUAACAGGCAUCUCCACCUUCAUAUGUCCAGAAGUCACUUCCUGAACUCCCCAGACGCGUUCCCCUGCAGUCCCUACCUCUCAGGUGAGGAGCACCCUGUACUUCCUGGGGUUUGGCUGAAUUUAUUGGAGUUUAUUGACCUUGGAUCCUGCCUUCUCAGUGCCAUGGUUGGCAGAAGACUAACUUUGCACAGGGUGAGGUCUUUCCUUCGGUGUCGUCAUGGCACAGGAAGAGGUAUGUGGUUUGUAAGCUCUAAACCUCAUAUUUUUGACAUUCAGGAAUAACUUCUAAAGACUCAUCAUACAUAAAGAAGAAGCCAAGAAGAGGAAAGAAAAGGAGUCAGGAAUGUCUCUUAUUCAGGAACACUUGACAUUCAGGGAUGUGGCCAUAGACUUCUCUCAGGAGGAGUGGGAAUGCCUGGACCCUGCACAGAGGGCUUUGUACAGGGAUGUGAUGUUGGAGAACUACAGGAACCUGGUCUCCCUGGGAUAUUCUUUUCCUGGCCUGAAUCUUACCUCCAUGUUGGAAACAGGGGAAAAGCCCUGGUCUGUGGAGAGCCAAGUAAAAAGAUCAAGGAAACCAAAGCAGUGGGAACGUAUGAAAGGUGUGAUCACAGAUGUCGUUCCUAAAUGUGUGAUCAAGGAAUUACCCCCAACAGGGGAAAGUACCACAGGGGAAGUAUUUCACACAGUGAUGUUGGAAAGACAUGAAAGCCAUCCCACUGCAAAUUUUUGCUUCAGGGAAAUUCAGAAAAAUAUCCAUGACUUUGAGUUUCAGUGGAGAGAUAAUGAACAAAAUUACAACAUGGUAUCUUUGACAGGAAAAGAAAAUUUUACUGGUAGUAAAGACCAAUGUGAUACAAGGGAUGCUGGAAACAAGCCUAUUAAAAAUCAGCUUGAAUUAAGCUUUCAGUCACAUCCACCUGAACUGCACAUAUUUCAAGCUAAUGGGAAAGUUUGUCAUCAAGUUGAGAAGUCUGUCAACAGUGGUUCCCCAGGUUCAGCACCCCAAAGAAUUUCUUCUAAGCUCAAUUUCCAUAUUUCUAAUCAAUAUGGGAAUGAUUUCAUCUAUUCUUCAUUACUCGCAGAAAAACAGAAAGGACACCUUAAAGAAAAACGUUACAAAUGUACUGAGUGUGGCAAAUCUUUCGUUUAUGUCACACACCUUAGUAUACAUCAGACAAUCCAUUCUGGGGAGAAACAAUAUAAAUGUGAUGUAUGUGGCAAGGCCUUUAAUCAGAAAUCAAACUUGGCAAGUCAUUGUAGAGUCCAUACUGGAGAGAAACCGUAUAAAUGUAAGGAAUGUGACAAAGUUUUCCGUCGUAAUUCACACCUUCAACGACACUGGAGAAUUCAUACUGGAGAGAAACCUUACAAAUGUAAUGAAUGUGGCAAAGUCUUCAGUCAAGAAGCAAACCUUGCAAGUCAUCAGAGAAUUCACAGUGGAGAGAAACCAUACAAGUGUAACGAAUGUGGCAAAGUCUUCAGUCAACCCACACUCCUUGCAAAUCAUCGGGGAAUUCAUACUGGAGAGAAACCCUAUAAGUGUAAUGAAUGUGGCAAAGUGUUCAGUAGAACUACCACCCUUGCAGUUCAUCAGAGAAUUCAUACUGGAGAGAAACCUUACAAAUGUAAUAAAUGUGGCAAGGUCUUCCGUCACAGUUCACACCUUACCAAUCAUGGCAGAAUUCAUACUGGAGAGAAACCUUACAAAUGUAGUAAAUGUGGCAAGGUCUUCACUCAAACUUCACACCUUGCAUUACAUCACAGAAUUCAUACUGGAGAAAAACCAUACAAGUGUAAUGAGUGUGGCAAAGGCUUUAGUCUGCAUUCACACCUCACUAGACAUCAGAAAAUCCAUAUUAGAGAGAAACCUUAUAAAUGUAAUGAGUGUGGCAAAGUCUUCAGUCACAAUUCCCUCCUUGUACAACAUCAAGGAAUUCAUUUUUGAGACACUUCUUACAAAUGCAAUAAAUAUAGCAAACUUCAAUUUGAGUUCAAGCAUUGACAUCAGAGUUUUCAUAUUAAAGAGGAAUUAUAUAAAUGAUAUUUGUCAUGAAUAUUUAUCCUGGUUUUGUAACUCAUUAAACACCAAAAUAAACAUCUUUGAUGAAACCACACAAUUGCAUUCUGAGGCUAUUAGCCCUGUAUCAAAACUGUAGAACAUCAGAGGAUUUAUAUGAGGAAUAAUUCCAUCUCUAGCUACAAAAAUACCUUUUGAGAUAACAUACUGCAGAACAAUUAUAAGUCAAAAUAUAUUAAAACCUAUGACACGAUAUAUCAAAGUUAGUGGGACUUUUGGAAAUAGCCAAUUUUCUGUUAGGUUAUAAAUUAUUUAAUUAUUUGAGGUUUAUUUAAAAGGGUACAUUCCUAUUUAUGACAGUUCUAAUGUGAACUCUGAAAUCUGUUACUAUUAUGCAUCCUUACACACUUUUUGCGGUAGUCUCUAGACAAGAAUCAGUAAAGUGAAAGAACCUCCCUCAUUAGGUGAAGAUCAUUUCUAUCCAAGUUCCUUGAAAAAUUACUCUGCCCUUUAAAAUUAAAUAUUGUCUGAAUCAGCAUGUGGGAGGUGCUGAGAAUAAUGUAAAACCGUGAUGUCACUCAUCAUGUGUGUUAUGUUCAGGGUGCCUUUCUCCUGACAGGAGGGCACUUUGGGUUAAAUGAAAGAAAUGCUUUAUCAACUGACCAUGAAAUAGAAGAAGCCAAGGCUUUAGGACAUGGGGUCUUUAUGAGAGGAGAUUAAUAGGUUAUUAGAGAUGGAUUAUGUGGUAGCAAUAAUGCAGGGGAAAUGAUGGCUACAUUUUCCAUUGAAUGCCAAUUGCUACUUCACCAAAAAUUAAGGGGAAAAAAAAAUUCUGGGGAAAGCCUAGUAGGCUUCCCAAGCUAGUCCAAAAAUGGUUUGAGAGAACCACAAUAGGUGACUGGCUCAAGUUGUUAUGGUUGUUACAGGGUGCCGUUGGGGUGGUGGUACCCACAUGUUCUUUGAACUUGUAGCUGGUGCCAUAGGAGGGAACACUGAGCUGUUACUAUCAGCUUGUCCAGAUGGAUGUAACAGGAAGAGGAUGUGUAGAAGUGUAAAGGGUGUUAGUGGUCAAACAUGAGAAAUGUAGUCUGACUCUUUACUGUAUCACAGAAUGUUAAUUCUUGGAAACUCCUGCCUUUUUGGUUUUAAAGGUCUGCAGUUUUCUUUAUGGGAUUAACUACAUUCAUUUUCCUGCUGCACACAUAGGUCAUGUUAGACCGUAUGAUUGUUGCAAAUGUUUAUGAAAUAAUAUUUAGUUGGCUAAGAUAUUGUUAUACUACUUCAAUGCAAAUUAAUGUGUGGAAAGAUCUAUUGUAAAAUAAAUAUGAUUAAGCAA